AUGGACGCACAAAAUUCCUCCACGUUGGUCAUUCUCUCACUCCCGCCCAAGACUUUUGUCGGCCUGGACCUCGUGUCGUUUAAUUCGUCACCCAACUUCCAAGGCAUCGCCAAAAUCCCGUGGGGUAUUCAUUUUCUGUACACCGGGACCGACGCCUCUUUAUCAAUCCGACAUGGAAGAUGGCUGGACCUGAGUUCGGCCAACCUGGUCCAAGUCCUGGGAUGGAACAGUGACGGAGAGACGCUCCAGGUUGUGGAUCCGAAUGAUCAGACGGCACAAAAUGCGAUCAAAUCGGUCUCCGAUGGUCGCGGACUAGUCGACUACGCCGCACUGCAAACCGCGACCUCGGAACUAUCCGCACGAGAGUCAAAGGACGACGAUGCGUCUCAAGCUGCAGCAGAAGGAGGCCGCGCAGAGAGCAUAGACUGGCCAGCCCUGACGACUCAUAUCUCCCCCUCCCUUCUCACGCGCAUCCUCUCUUCCGACUGGAUCAUCUCGUCAAUCUCCACUGCACCCAACGACACUGAGACCAUCCCCGGGCUAUCGCACCUCGAGGCCUCGAAUGCUCUCCACCAACUUCCCCUUUACCUGCUCCCGGUCAAUCUAAAGCAGACCUGGGCAGACGGGGACAUAGGCCGGACCAGGACCGACAGGGCGCGAGACCGGAGUUGGUACCUGGGGCAGUUGAUCGAACAAGCAGCGACCCGCCCCCCGUCGGGCGGCGGCGGCGGCGGAGACAAAGCAGCGGUAGGCGCACGGGCAGUCCUGGGCGAACUGCAAUUCUGCUUCCUGAUGGUGCUCACGCUCGCCAACUACAGCUGCUUCGAGCAGUGGAAGCGGCUCCUCACCGUCCUCUUCACCUGUCGCACCGCGCUGGACGAAACCGAGGCAUAUUUCGUGCAGGCAGUCAGAGUGCUGCGUCUGCAGAUAAAGCACGUAGACGAUGUCGAAGGCGGGCUUUUCGAGCUGAGAGACGAGUCUGCCAGCGCUUGGCUGAGGACGCUGUGGGCACGGUUCAGGGGGUUGGUGGACGACUCGGAAAAGGGGCUAAGGGAGUCGUUGAAAAGGGAAGUCGAUGUCUUACAGAGAUUGUUCGAGGAAAAGUAUGGAUGGCAGAGUGAGAGGGAUAUGUUGAGGAGAGGGAUGUUGGAGCUGGAGGACGGCGAGAGGGUCGAGGUCACCAUGCCGGGAGUCGACGAAGACGAAGAGACCGGUGAGUAUGCGCCUGUUAUCGUCGAGACUUGA